CGGCGCGCCGUUGACGUCACCAAGCGGCAGGCGCGGAACGAGGCGGACGGAGAGGCCUUUGCCGUCCUGUGACCUCCCCUUCAAAUGGAUGCUGAAGGCUUCGGCGAGCUUCUGCAGCAAGCAGAACAACUUGCAGCAGAGACAGAGGGCAUCGCUGAGCUCCCACACGUUGAACGUAACCUCCAGGAAAUCCAACAGGCAGGGGAGCGUCUGCGCUCCCGGACUCUCACCCGCACCUCGCAGGAGACGGCAGAUGUCAAGGCGUCAGUUCUUCUUGGGUCCAGAGGACUUGACAUAUCUCACAUCUCUCAGCGGUUAGAGAGUCUCAGUGCUGUCACAACCUUUGAGCCUUUGGAGCCUGUGAAAGACACAGAUAUACAGGGAUUCCUCAAAAAUGAAAAAGAUAAUGCUUUACUGUCCGCCAUUGAAGAGUCUAGGAAACGGACCUUUGCCAUGGCUGAGGAGUAUCAUCGGGAAUCCAUGUUGGUUGAGUGGGAACAGGUGAAACAACGGAUCCUUCAUACUCUGCUGGCAUCAGGAGAAGAUGCUCUGGAUUUUACGCAGGAAAAUGAGCCCAGUUACGUUGGUGAAUUGGGACCACCUGGCCGCAGUUCUUUGGACAACAUUGAAAUGGGGUAUGCCCGACAAAUUUAUGUUUAUAAUGAGAAGAUUGUGAAUGGAUAUCUGCAGCCCAACUUGGUGGACCUCUGUGCUGCUGUGGCAGAACUGGAUGAUAAGAACAUUUCUGACUUGUGGGCCAUGGUGAAGCAAAUGACCGAUGUCCUCCUGGUCCCCGCCAGCGAUGCACUGAAAGUCCGGAUGAGCAUGGAAGUGCAGAUGGAAUUUGUACGGCAGGCUCUGCAUUACCUUGAGCAAAGUUACAAGAACUAUGCCUUGGUGACAGUCUUUGGAAAUUUGCACCAAGCUCAGCUGGGAGGAGUGCCUGGAACCUACCAGUUAGUCCGCAGUUUCCUGAACAUCAAACUCCCAGUGUCUGUCCCGGGACUCCAGGACGGAGAGGUGGAGGGCCAUCCAGUCUGGGUGCUCAUUUACUACUGCAUACGAUGCGGGGACUUAAUGGCAGCCCUGCAGGUGGUGAAUCGUGCGCAGCAUCAACUGGGAGAGUUUAAAACCUGGUUUCAGGAGUACAUGCACAGCAAAGACAAGAGGUUGUCUCCCGCCACUGAGAAUAAGGUUCGCCUCCAUUACCGACGAGCCUUGAGAAACAACACCGACCCUUACAAAAGGGCUGUUUACUGCAUCCUCGGCCGGUGUGACAUUGCUGACAAUCACAGUGAAGUUGCUGAUAAAACGGAGGAUUAUCUUUGGCUGAAGCUGAACCAGGUGUGCUUUGAUGCUGAUGGCACUAAUUCGCCGCAAGACAGGCUGACUUUGUCUCAGUUCCAGAAGCAACUGCUUGAAGAUUAUGGUGAGUCGCACUUUGCCGUGAACCAGCAGCCAUUCCUCUACUUCCAAGUGUUGUUCCUGACAGCCCAGUUUGAAGCUGCCAUUGCUUUCCUUUUCCGCACUGAGCGUUUGCGCUGUCACGCCGUCCACGUUGCCUUGGUCCUGUUUGAGCUCAAGCUGCUCCUGAAAUCUUCCGGGCAGAGCGCACAGCUGUUGAGCCAUGAAGCUGGCGACCCUCCUGGCAUUAGGCGCCUGAAUUUUGUUCGCCUUCUGAUGCUUUACACCCGCAAAUUUGAGUCCACCGAUCCUCGAGAAGCCCUGCAGUAUUUCUAUUUUCUCAGGAAUGAGAAGGACAGCCAGGGGGAGAACAUGUUCUUACGCUGCGUCAGUGAGCUAGUGAUCGAGAGCCGAGAGUUUGAUAUGAUCCUUGGGAAACUGGAGAACGAUGGCAGUAGAAAACCUGGAGUGAUUGACAAGUUUACUAAGGACACCAAGCCUAUUAUUAAUAAAGUUGCUUCAGUGGCAGAAAGCAAAGGGCUGUUUGAAGAAGCUGCCAAGCUUUAUGACCUUGCCAAGAACCCAGACAAAGUGCUGGAGCUGAUGAAUAAGCUGCUGAGCCCUGUGGUCCCCCAGGUCAUAGCCCCCCAGUCUAACAAGGAGAGGCUGAAGAACAUGGCACUUUCCAUUGCUGAGAGAUAUAAAUCUCAGGGGAUAAGUGCCAAGAAGCCCAUCGACUCUACCUUCUACCUUCUAUUAGACCUCAUCACUUUUUUCGAUGAUUAUCACGCCGGUCACAUUGACAAAGCCUUUGAUAUCAUCGAACGGCUAAAGCUGGUCCCCCUGAGUCAAGAUUAUGUGGAAGAAAGAGUAGCCGCUUUCAGGAACUUCAGCGAUGAAAUCAGACACAAUUUGUCCGAAGUUCUCCUUGCAACAAUGAACAUUUUGUUUACCCAGUACAAGAGGCUGAGAGGUACCAGCCCAGCCACCCCUGCCAGGCCUCAGCGGGUCAUUGAGGACCGAGAUUCGGUAAGAUUUUCUCUAUUGUUGCUAAUUUUGCUUUGUAACAGAGUCUCCCUGAUGGUACCAUGAAAGGUUUAGAGUCUUAGUACUUAAUGUUACUCAUUUUAAAAUUAAAAAGAGCUUUGUGAAUCCUCCCUUUUAUUCUGACAGGAGUGCUCCUGUGAGGAAAACCCUUGAAUAGUCACAUUUUUAGACGGGGAAUUGAAUUAUGACAGGAGCUGACGAAGGGCCACCCAUUGAGGUUGAGGUGGAGUUGAGAUUUGAACUCAGAUCUCUGCGUCUGGCCAAGAGGCCUCAGUGUCCCACAAUACGAAGGCUGCUUCUGGCAUUUAAAUCCCGUUAUUAUCCAGUCCACCUUUCUCACAUGGUGGCAGUAGCAUUUUGGAGGAAACUGUGGAUAGAAAAGUGGCUGAGGAGAAUUUUGAAGACCACCGCUCGCCAUGGGAUCAUUCGGUCCUCAGGGUUGGAUCUCUCAGAUCCAUCUUGCUAGCAAAGGCAUUUUUCCCCUCAGGAAGAGCCUUGCUGUGUUGCAGGAAACCCUCUAUCCUCCUCCUUCCGGAGAAAAGGGCCUGUGGCAAUGGAACAGAUAUGCAGGAUGUAUACCCUUUUCAACAUAAAGAUGGCAGUGCGGUCAUGCAUUCUCUGGCGGAAAGUCGAACCCCUGUGCGCCCACAUUGUGAAGAAGUCCGGAAUCUCUGGCAGCAUUUUACAAUCUUAUUGAAGCAGGAAAGAAAAUGGCAGGCUUAACUUUACAAAAAGGCCACUCUCGCUAAUAGAUAUCCAGUGCACUGUAAGCACUAUUUUAUCAAAGUGCUGUGUUUCCCAGCACAGAUAAUCAUGGGUUCUGUGAAAGUGGUGCUUCAAUGAGAUUUUUAAAUGAUGCCAGAGAAUUGGAAGGAAGGGGGAGGCAGGAACUAGGACCCAGCAGAGAAGACCCAGGAAGAUAUGGCUGUUUAAUUCAAACAUCUCCUAUCAUCUUUAUGUGGAAAAGGGUAUAAUCCUGUCUAGUAUCAUGCUCACAUUCAUACCUUUGUAUGGGCACAUGGAAAGUAUUCUAUUCUACGGGGAAUGUGGCAGGAGGUCUUUGAGUUUCUUCCUCUUUUGGAAACUUUAGUUUCAUCAGUUUGGAGAUCUUACAUGUUUACUUGGUUGGUAUCUUACUUGUCUCCCCGGUGGGAACCCAAACAGCUUACAUCAUUCCCUUCCAUUUUAUCCUCUGUCCCCCCCCCUCCAAAAAAAAGACAUUGUCUUAUCUGUUUCUUUAAAUCCUGUCUUUGUUUCCAAAUAUCAUUUUGGAAAUUUAGGGGGGGGAAAGCAUCUAUAUAUCCCUGCCACACACCCUUGUCAUUUAGCUGGGCACAAUUAACCUUAAACAAAGCCCCUCUCCCAAAAUUCUAGAGUGGUAAAUUCAGCAUUGCCACUAGAAGAGUCCUUCUGCCACUCAUCCACAUAAGUUGUUGAUUUGUUUGAAAGUUUUCAUUUGCACUGGAGGGCAUUCUUGUCCUGGCUAAACGAGGAAGCCUAAAAUAAUUGUCAUUGAAAGAACUGGUGUCGUGUUCCUGUUUUUUGGGUCUUUGGCUAGAUGCUUAUUGUGAAUGGAACACCCGCGCCUCCAGGCUUCCUUUAACCUUUGUGGAGGGACCAACAGCAGUUGUUUUCAAACUGGGGUGGGGGAAUUAGCCAUGCCAAUCUAUUUAAAAGGCUGCUGCUCCAUCCUGUUCUGAGUAAAUGCACUCUUUUUCCCGCACGCACCAAUAUUAAGGUUGCGCUUUGUUUGGAGAUUCUAGACAUUUCUGGCCAUCUUUGUCAAGUUUGAGGUAACUUUUAAAAAUAUUGUGGUGUUAACUAAAAAUACAAAAUCAACAAUAAACCACCAUACAUUCUACUUCGUGGCAGUUAUCCUCUUUUUCUUAAUACUGACUCUCAUGUUGAAACAAAGCCCUGAGCCAGCCAAGCCAAAAGCCAGAUACAAGAAAUGCAUCUUACAUUCCUAAAAGCAACUGAGGAGGAGGACCCACAGGUCAAAUCAUUCCGCAGCCUUAGGACAACUGUUGAAGGCCUUCAAAGGCACUUUUAAAUUGGUCCUGGAACCAGAGGCAGGCAAUGCAGGUUGUUCAGUCUGGGCUAGAUAUUGAAUUAAGCUCCAGCUCAUGGAACUUCCUGCUGGAAUAAAUACUAGUCUUUAAACUAUCACUGGAGUUGAGUGUUAUUUUUGCAUCAAUAGACUCAUGAUUAAAUGCUGAGAGAGGAAAAGACCUUGGAAAAGGGCCCUCCCCAAAGGAGGGAGGGAGAGAGGUACCGUCCUGAAGGAAGCAAACACCUGUUUUCCAAACUAUACUCUGGUUUCUCUUCAGCUUGUGUAAAUCUUUUUGGUUUACCAAAUUGACCAGGCCCCACCCCCUUUGCUUUGCGUGGAACUUCGGUGGCCUGGACACUGUCUGCCUGUCACUGGGCUGCCCCAGCUUGUGUGAGGGAGGACCAUUGGGUCAGCAGAGGUUGAGCGGAGCUACUCAGAGUAGACAAGCAGAGCUAGUAGUCCACCUGUACACACUUGCAUACGCUGCAGCCUCCCACCUCACAGGAAGAAGAAACACCCCACACGAGAUGUUCUUUCCACAAGGAAGGCUUUACCAAAUAGUUGCAAUAUGUACAAAGUACUAUGUACAGAUUUUGGAAUGGUCAAACAAAGUGCUUCGCCAGGCAACAGUUUCCCAAAGGAACCAAAUGCACAGUGGUUACAGGUGCUUAUAUACAAUGAUGAACCAAUCACUUUGAACCAUCCUGGCGCCUGUCUUGAUCAAUCUGCCCCUGUCUUACAUACAAAAAGUUUCUUUAACUCAUUAAAAAAUCUAACAGGUUGAGUCCUAGCUAGACUAGCAUCCUUCACCAUGACAUGUAGCUUCUGUGUAUCUGCUACCAAUUGCACGACAAAUCCAUUCUUCACUCUGAGAAAGCAGAGCUCUUGUGUAUUUGUGAAUAGUUUUACAUCCUGCACACCAGAGUUUGCUUUUAUUUCUCCUACCCAGAGAAGACCACGCCCUAUCCCGUAAAUCGGAGUAACCGCCUUUUGU